CCCUUUCAGAGGCAGCUUUCCCGCAGGAGCUGCAGCUUUGCCCUGCCCUGGGGGAAAAGCGUAACUGCGCAUGCGUAUUCCCUGUGAGCGCGCAGGUUCCGGGGAUCGCUCUCAGCUGCUUGUCACUCAGUGAUCUGCUGCUGCACCAGCUGCUUGUCACUCAGUCUGCUGCUGCUGCUGGGGCUCUACAAUGGGGGUGCGGCCUGCAGUCACUUACACAAUCGGCAUUCUUUGUAUUAUUCUCUUAAUAGCGAGCAUUGCACUCCUAGUUACUAACGUCUUCGUUGAUAUUGUCGAUAACUACGUUAAAAAGGAAGUGCAACUGAAGAAUGAUACAGUUGCUUUUGAGACUUGGAAAAAUCCCCCUCCACCAAUUUACAUGCAGUUUUACUUCUUUAAUGUUACAAAUCCGGAAGAGGUACUAAAUGGAGGAAAGCCCUUUCUUGAAGAAAAAGGCCCCUACACUUACAGAGAACAUAAACCGAAAGAAAAUGUGACUUUUCUGGAUGAUGGACGGAAGGUGUCUGCUAUCACCACUAAGACCUAUGUGUUUGUUCCUGAGUUGAGUAAUGGAGAUCCUGAGACGGACCUGAUUAGAACUGUGAAUAUUCCAGUUGUGACUGUAAUGAAUAUGGUAAGGUAUUCCAGUCUCCAGAUUUUACUGUUAAAUGGUCUGCUGAUUGCUGAAAGGGCUGGCAUUUUUACAACAAGAACAGUACACGAGCUCCUUUGGGGUUACAAAGAUCCAGUACUUUCAGCCAUCCACUUCUUCAAAAAGGACAUUGAUAAUGAAUUUGGGCUCUAUUAUAAGAUGAAUGGGACAGAUGAUGGUGAAUAUGUUUUUCUCACUGGGCAAAAAAGUUAUAAAAAUUUUACGACCAUUGUUGAAUGGAGAGGUAACAAGUCAUUGGACUGGUGGACAACAGGUGCAUGCAAUAUGAUCAAUGGGACUGAUGGAACCUCUUUCCACCCAUUGAUAACCAAAAAUGAAACGCUGCGCUUCUUUUCUUCAGACCUUUGCCGGUCUCUCUAUGCCAAUUUUGAGCAGGAGCUUCGUGUCAAAGGGAUACCAGUUAUGCGAUUUGUGCCGCCAAAUGAGGUUUUUGCCAAUGUUACAGUCAACCCAGAAAAUGCAGGUUUCUGUGUUCCAGCUGGAAACUGCCUGGGAUCAGGUGUAUUGAACAUCAGCACUUGCAAGCAAGGGGCCCCUAUCAUUCUUUCAUCUCCACACUUCUACCAGGCAGAUCAAAAAUUUAUUGAUGAUAUUGAAGGAAUGCAUCCAAACAAGGCGAAUCAUGAAACAUUUCUGGACAUAAAUCCUCUUACAGGACUCCUCGUGAGGGCAGCAAAGCGAGUUCAGGUCAAUGUUUACAUUGAACCAAUAGCAGGAUUUAUUGAGACUGAUAAAGUCAAAACACUUGUAUUUCCUGUGAUGUACCUCAACGAGAGUGUUUUGAUUGAUAAUGUAUCAGCUGCUAAGUUGAACGCAAUGCUCCUGCAGUCUGAAGUAAUAACUGUGAUUCCAUUUAUGAUAAUGGGUCUGGGGAUUCUCUUUGGUUUGAUCUUCGUCAUACUUGUAUGCACUAGUCGCAAUGAGGUUAAUGAGGUUAAUGAGGCAUCCGAGGCAGAAAGGACACCCCUUUUGAAACCAUCUUGAAACUUCAUGCCAGUAUUUCUGCAGCCUCGUUGAGUGAAACUAUGCAAAGGAUACAUGUUGGUUUUCUUCCCCAUUUUUUGGAAUUACCAUCGGUUUCAAAGUCUCAGAGCACUAUCUGUUACCUACAAUUUUAAAGUCUACUGAUGUGAAUAACAACCGUUCAAGUUGAGCUUGCAAAAUUAUACUUCAGUAUAUAACACUACUUCAUGUAUCAAAUGCAGCUUUUAAAAAAUUGAGUAACGAUUAUGAUUUUUAAAUGAACUACCCAUUGCAGUUCUGCAGUGUUGACCGCUAUGACUUCAGUUUGUAAAGGCGAACUUUUGUAACCAAGCCUUUGCUUAAGAUCUGCGUGUGUUAUGAUGAAGUAUACUGCUAUAACAAUUUUGAAUUUGGUACUCUGAGGUUUUGAAUAAGUUUACUUGUGUAUAUAUUGAAGUAUAUGUAAUUUAGCUCAUUUUGACUUUAAUGAGAACAGUCACAGGCUGGGUCCUUUCUUCUGUUUAGAGAGAUCUAGUUUGUUUAGAUGAGAACUCUUACCCCCUACACUUUCUUUCUCUCCCAUCCCUUUGCUGCAUUUAUAUUUAAUUCUGCACUUGCCAAAUGGACUGCUAAGAAUUUUGUAAAUACACCUCUUGUGAUUAUGGCAAAAAGUUAUGUUGCUGCAGUCAAGAAAAUCAAAGUAUUUAUGAAAUUCUGUGGAAAAAUGAUUUUAUUCAUAUUUUGCUCAUUUGGGGGAAGAAAGAAGGUAGUCAAAUUAAUGAAGAAUGUCAGUGCCAAACAAUAUUCCAUCUCUACAUCUGAAUUUGGACUUGGUUGGUUUCUCUGUGUACUCUUUGCCUUUCAAUGCGCUCCAGACAUUGUCAUCAGCUCAGCUGUUUAAGAUUUUAUUCAGAAUGUAAUAGAAAAGGUAUGAGGAAGGACAUAUUGUUACUUACACACUCCUCCCUCCUCUUCCUGUGUUUUGUAUUCUGGCGAAUCCACUCAGGAUUCAGGACAGUUUACUAUUCACAUUAUCACUUGCAUAUUCAGUGUAACGUAGAGUGAUUUGGUUUGCCACAAUUCAUUAUUAAAUAUUUGUGUAUUUAAUAAAGCAAUCUAAGGAUCCAAGUUACACUGUGUCAAAUUAAUAUUUUGUAUGACAUGUUAGUUUGUUUACUAGCUUGGUUAAUAAUCAAGUUAACAACCACUAUUGACUCCACCCCAGCAACUGUACUUACCAAUAGUUAUGGUUAGAUUUCUUAAAUCUGCGUUCAGGUCAAUAAUGUGAUGCUAAGCACUGUCCAAAACAUGAUCUAAAUUUUCAAGGAAGUAACCAUAAUUGUCUGUUUAGAAUACGUCUUACUCUGCUUCACACUGUAUGCCAAGUAGUGUACUUUGUAUAUAUUUUUGUAUGGAUUGAAAUGUUUUAGAUAAUUUUGUUUUUUUAAAAAUAAGCACAACACAAACACUUCAUUCAAGCAUUUUGUGACCUACUGACCCAUGUUUGGCAUUGCAGAAUGUGUGUAAUUGUAAUGUUUCCAAGAUAUUAAUAAAGAAUGCUAUUCAA